GGUGAACCCCGCGGCGGCUAGUUCCCUACGUCACUUCCAGAAUCUCAGUGUGGCUUGGGUCGCUUCCGGUCCUGAGUCACGGUAAAGCGAAGAAUGGCUCCGCCGGGAGAAUACAAGGUGGCGGGGGACGGGAUGGAGCAGAUGGAGAUGGACGAGUCCCGUGGAGGUAUUGGCCUGAGGCAGUAUUACUUGUCCAAGAUUGAAGAUCUACAGCUUGUUGUUAAUGACAAGAGUCAGAAUCUCAGGCGCCUGCAAGCACAGAGGAAUGAACUGAACGCUAAAGUGAGGCUACUGAGGGAGGAGCUGCAGCUGCUUCAAGAGCAGGGAUCCUACGUAGGAGAAGUGGUCAGAGCUAUGGACAAGAAGAAAGUAUUGGUUAAGGUUCACCCCGAGGGGAAAUUUGUUGUGGAUAUUGAUAAAAAUAUUGAUAUCAAUGAUGUCACACCAAACUGUCGAGUCGCUCUGCGCAAUGACAGUUACACACUGCAUAAGAUCCUGCCCAAUAAGGUUGAUCCCUUAGUGUCCUUGAUGAUGGUGGAGAAAGUACCAGACUCCACCUAUGAGAUGAUUGGUGGCUUGGAUAAACAGAUCAAGGAAAUCAAGGAGGUCAUUGAACUGCCUGUGAAACAUCCGGAGCUCUUUGAAGCCUUGGGUAUAGCGCAGCCCAAGGGUGUGUUGCUGUACGGACCUCCUGGUACUGGAAAGACUCUUUUGGCUCGUGCUGUUGCCCAUCACACAGACUGCACAUUUAUACGAGUCUCUGGAUCUGAACUGGUGCAGAAGUUCAUCGGAGAAGGUGCUCGUAUGGUGCGUGAGUUGUUCGUUAUGGCCCGAGAACACGCUCCCUCCAUUAUCUUUAUGGAUGAAAUUGAUUCGAUUGGGUCCUCUCGGCUCGAGGGGGGCUCAGGAGGAGACAGUGAGGUUCAGCGCACUAUGCUUGAGCUGCUUAACCAACUGGAUGGAUUUGAGGCAACAAAGAACAUAAAGGUAAUCAUGGCAACUAACAGAAUCGAUAUAUUGGACUCUGCUCUGCUGCGCCCAGGUCGCAUUGACAGGAAGAUAGAAUUCCCACCUCCUAAUGAAGAGGCCCGUCUGGACAUCCUGAAAAUUCACUCAAGAAAAAUGAACUUGACUCGUGGGAUCAACCUGCGUAAAAUAGCAGAACUGAUGCCUGGGGCAUCAGGGGCUGAAGUGAAGGGGGUGUGCACAGAGGCGGGGAUGUAUGCUCUUCGCGAGAGGAGGGUGCACGUCACACAAGAAGACUUUGAAAUGGCUGUAGCAAAGGUGAUGCAGAAAGACAGCGAGAAGAACAUGUCCAUUAAGAAGCUGUGGAAGUGAUUUUUUUUUUCGGUUCCCAUUACACUCUGCUCCCAGCUGAAGCCCUGCAAUGUCAGCCUGUUUUGAUUAUUAAACCCAGCGUUCCCAACAAGGCUCGCAGUAAAUUAUCAGAAAACUCAACACAAACUCCUGUAAUCUAAAGAUCUUUAACACCUGGCUUUCCAGUUUUUUUUUUGCUAACAGGGAAUGCUGGGAGCCACAAUAUGGAAGCACCCUGAAGCCUAUUAUUCUAGGAGACCACGCUUUCUCUAUAAAUUAGACUAUUCCAUUGGGCAUUUAGUACGGCGGGAUUUUGGUUUUGUAACGGAUAUGUGUAUGUUAUCUCAUGUGAAAUAAAUACAAAAAAACAAACUUAAAAAAAACUUAUUUUUAUUAAACAUUGAAACAUUUGUGCCAAC